AUGCCCGAUAUUUGGCGGUUACGCGGCAUCAAACAUUCGCCGACGCGCUUCAGGGAUAACAUAACAGAUUCGUUAAUUUAUCGGGACAAUACCGACAUUCAUUAUGAACCGCCCGAGUAUAUCCAUCAAAAGCGCUCGACGCUAAAGGCGCAAUUAACUAACUUCGAGAAAAUUCUCGCGGAUGGACGAGUAGACGACGCGAAUAUGAGGAUGCGAUUGAAACGUAUAACCGAGCUUUUUCACGCGUACGAGGAUCUACACGACGAACUCGCCACGUUGGAACCGACGGACGAGCACUUGGACGAGUUUAGCGACAUUCAGGAUCGGUACUACGCGAUCGCGAGUAAGUUCGAGUCAUUUUCGCAAGCCUCGACAUCGCGAGCGGUCGACCUGAACGCAACGUCGAUACCAAUUGACAAUAACACGCGUCGUAUCAAAUUGCCCGUCGCAGAAUUGCCGAAAUUCGAUGGCGACAUCGAGAAAUGGUUAUCGUACAAGAACACGUUCGUGACUAUGAUUGAUUCACGCCAGGACAUAACGAACUUGCAAAAGUUCCUAUAUUUAAAAAAUUCAUUACAAGGCGACGCGUUGAAUAAGAUCUCGAUUUAUAACGUGAGCGAGGAAAAUUAUGAAACCGCAUGGAAGCUUCUUAAAGACUCCUACGAGAGAAAACGAAUUUUGAUCACGAAACAUCUGGACGCGAUUAUUGAACUACCGCAUCAAAGUAAAGCCACACACAAGGGUUUAACGGGACUCGUCGACGAUGUGCGACAACACGUGAAUAUGCUGGCUUCGCUAGACGUGAACCCGGAUCAACACUUAUUGAUUCGUAUAAUCGAGCGAGCGUUACCCACGAAUAUCCGCGUUAAAUGGGAAGAGACUCUCAACUUAGAUGUAUUGCCGACCCUCGAUCAACUAUAUAAAUUCAUAUCGGAAACGGCGUUCCGCAUCUUCGCACUCGAGCACGACGCGUCGCGUUCUAGAACAGAGAGCGGCAAUAAGCGGUCCGCAUCGAGGGGGGGCACACCGUCGUUUAAGGCACGUAAGGACGAUUCCGGCGCGCGCGCUCUAGUCACAAAUACUUACUCCAAUUGCCCGCUGUGCAAAAAGGAGAGACACUUUUUAUACAGAUGUCCCGAAUUUGCAAAGUUAACAAUGCCGCGUAGGUGGGAUUUCGUGAGGAAAUCUAAAAUCUGCUUCAACUGCCUGCGCUCACACGACGGCCGCUGCAGGUUGCCGCCGUGCAAGAUUUGCAACAAAUCACGGAAUACGCUUUUGCACAAUCAUUUGGCCGAGUCACGUUCCUCGAAACAAGACGCGGCGAAGGUAGAAAUUGAGAGUUCCCCGAAACAAUCAUCGGCGGCGCCGUUUGUAUCGGAUUGA